AUGACUCGCGACAACACCCCGGCCCUCCUGGCCGCAUCGGAACUGCGCGACGUCUCGCUCGCGCCCACCGCCAUCCGCUCUGCAAAUGUAACCAUCAUCCACCCGCAGCUGCGUGACUUGGUACUCCCACUCGGGAGAGGCAAUGUACUCUAUCCACACGGGACCAGCGUGGAGGAGCAGCGAUGGAGCGCGAGCGACGACUAUGGGAGUGGCGAUAGCUCGGACUACUCGGACAAGGACGGGGGCGGCAAGGAUAAGACCUUCUCCAGCUCCAGUGCUACUCGUGCUGCUGCGUCUGCCGGUGCUUUGCCUCGCUCGGCGCGGUCGGCGGCAAACGUCACUGGUACGACGCGCGAGCUGUUCAAGUUGUCGUUUACGCCCACUUGUCUCACGAGCAGCGGCGCAAUCCUCGCGUGCGGUGGACAAAAGGGCGAGCUGUUUCUCUGCGACCUCCCGCAGGACGGUCGCAUGAAGCGCGCCAACCCCGUCAAGCCAUUCCAGCUAAACAUGACCCUCCCGAACCGCUCGAUCAACAAUGCGAUUACAAUCCUGCCCACUUGGCCGAACGGCUGGGUGCAGAAGCAGGUCGACUGGAAGCACGCGUACGCCGGUUACGCGAGGGCGCCACAGAGCAGGAGCGGCGUGGACGACGACGUUGACAACCUGUCCGAGAGUAGCGAUGAGGACGGCGAGGGUGAUGGCGACGACGACGACGACAUGGAGUUGGACGAUGACGAUCUCGGGAACCCCGCCGUCGCGACCUACCCCAACUCGUUGCCUUUCGGCCACGCCCCGCGCAUGUCAGGUACUGGACCGGGGCGGCGCUGGAGCCAUGGCCACAACGCCCCCCAGUACGUCACCUCGCACAGCAGUUAUGGCCACCACAACCAGCGUCACCGGUCGCCUGUGCCCUCGACUACUUCGUCUGGCCACUCGCGCCGGUCGGCCAAUAGGCCGAACGAACCGCGCAUUCUGGUAUCCAACAAUGACCAGACAGUCAAAAUGUUCUCCCUUCGACGCGUUGGCGAUUCGUCAUUGCCGCUACCUCCUCCGAUUCGCGAUCCCCAGUGGGAGACUGUACCGGCCGUGUCGGCAAUGCGCCAGACACAGACUACUGUCAGUGACCCGCGAUACCAUCAACGUACUCUCGACGCCGCCAUGAGCCUACCUCCCGGUAGGAGCCUCUUCCGUUCGUCGUAUGCGUACGAUUCCGCUACACUCGGCCUGCCCUCAACCAGUGCCGGUGGCAGUGGUUCCCCGACCUCGGGAUCGAGCGGGAUGGCGGGCGUCAAUGCCUAUGGCGCCCCACACACUGCCCCUGCCGCGAGCGAAGAGCUUUCGCUCCGCUCGUCGCGAUACUUGGGCGAGAGCCCCAGUGCUUAUCGCGCUCGUAACCCGGCAGGGGACGCGGCGCUCACUGCGCGCACUCAAGCUGCAAUGCGGGCGAGGGAGGAGCGCCACGCCGAGAUUGAGAGGCGUAUGGCCCUCACUGCGGAGGGUGUUGAGCCCCGCAAACUCAGUCGUAUUGGCGGGACAAAGUUCAAGCUUGCAGUAAACCACUCGUCACUCUCGCCCGAUCUCCGCACCAUGGUGACUGUCGGUGACUCAACCGACGUGUUCCUGUACGAAGUUAUCGACGGUGGCCGCGAGUUCCGCAAGAUUGGCGUGUACAAUGCCGCCACUGAUUCGGGGUUCUCCACCUCGUGGUCCAAAGAUGGCCGCAAGUUUGCGGUCGCGUCUCAAGACGGUCAAGUGACAGUAUGGGACCACCGCACCUCUCGUCCCUUGGCCCUCUUCUAUUCUGCGCCCUCCACUGCCAGGUGGGACUAUGACGACACACUGGCCCACCUCGCCCACGACCCCGUCUCCUCCACGAGUGGCCGUGAAGCUGCCCGCGUAGUGAAGUUUUCCCCAGAGGGCAGUGACCGCGACUUGCUCGUCUUUUCAGAGGAGUUGACCAACAUCCACAUUAUCGACGCGCGCACUUUCCACACGCACGUCGUCGUUCCUGUCCCCUACGAGGCUCCCGCGCCAGCUCCACCCGCCCCCGAGCGGCGUACGGGCGUCGACAGCCAGACGUGGGGCAUCAGCGGCAUCGCAUUCGAUCCCACCGGUGACUGGCUUUAUGCUGGUACGGAGCGGACGGUCGUCGAGUGGGAUUUGAGGCGGCACGGGGGUGGCGAGGGAGGUACAUGGAGCAUGGCGUAG